AUGGCGCCUCCCAUCGAGCCUAGCUUGUUAAACCCAUCCAAACCCAGACCAGGACUCCGACGAUUAUCCUCAAUGACUGCCACAGAGAAUGACAUCAAAGAGGGUGGUCCUGUUGUUGUUGUGCCAGAACGAAUGAUGGUUUCCAGGGCCCAAUCAUACCACGGCACUUUUGCUGCAAAGCUUGAAUCAGCUCGAAAUGAGCUGAACGACAUCGAUCUUGAGGAUGAAGCCCUUGCCUCCCCCUCCUCAAGCACCCCCGAGACACCUGGCUCGCCCGUCACUCCAGCCGAUAUUCCCACAGCCGAUUCAUUUGCAUUCGCAUUUGACAUCGAUGGAGUACUCAUCCGCGGUGGCCGCCCGAUUCCAGAGGCAAUUGAGGCAAUGAAGAUGUUGAAUGGCGAAAACGAGUAUGGGAUCAAAGUGCCUUACAUUUUUCUGACCAACGGCGGUGGUAAAACCGAGGCGGAGCGUUGCAUCGACCUUUCCCGGCAACUCGACAUCGAAGUCUCCCCGGCUCAGUUCAUUUGUGGCCACACACCCAUGAGAGAGAUGGUCGCAAAGUACGAGACUGUCCUGGUUAUCGGAGGGGAGGGCGAAAAGUGCCGGCAGGUGGCUGAAGGCUACGGAUUCCGCGAUGUCAUCACUCCUGGAGACAUCAUCAAAGACAAUGAAGCCACCACGCCGUUUCGCCGAUUGACUGCAGAAGAGCACAGGAACUCGAGGCCACGGAACCACGCCGAGACCAAGAUUGAGGCUAUCUUCGUCUUCGCCGAUAGCCGAGAGUGGGCCGGAGAUAUCCAGAUCAUGCUCGACCUUGCGAUGUCGAAGGGCGGCUACAUCGGUACCCUCUCCGAGACUUUCGACGAGGGACCCCCCAUCUACUUCUCCCACAACGACAUCGUCUGGUCCGCAGCCCACGACAAUGUGCGUCUCGGCAUGGGUGCCCUGCGAAAGAUGGUCGAAAUGCUCUUCAAGGACCUGACCAAGGGCAAAGAGCUCGAGACCAUUGCCUUCGGAAAGCCCCAGAUCGGCACCUUCGAGUUCGCUACUCGUUUGCUGCAACAGUGGCGAAAGGACGAGCACCGCAUCAACCGCCCUCCGGAGACGGUCUACUUCGUCGGGGACACUCCCGAAAGCGACAUCAGAGGCACGAACCAGUUCAACGCGAAGGCGAAGAACGACUGGUACUCGAUACUGGUCAAGACUGGUGUCUACCAGGACGGAACCGAACCUGCCUACGUUCCCCGCGUCACAGUUGAGAACGUUCUCGACGCGGUGAAGCACGGGAUCGAGCGUGAGAUGACGAAGAAAUCGAAGAGCCAAGGCGGCGGCCUUCCCUUAUCUCACAUGGCGUUGAAGAAUCUCUCGCUCAACGGCGACCCAGCGGUUGCGAAGACGAACGGGAACAGAGCAGGGUCGCCCAUCAUGGAGCUCCCCGAGCCAAGCACCCCCGAAGUGGUUACUCCUGGGGUUUGA